AUGGGAAACUCGCGGAUCCAGAAUCAUCAAAGCAUCACUCAGAACAAAGAAGAAGGGGAUCACAAUGAAUAUUAUUCAAUGUUAUGCACCCACCAACGAUAGCAACGACGACAUUAAAGAUCAAUUCUACGAGCGGCUGCAGUCAAUCAUAGAGAAGUGCCCACCAUUCUGAUGGGAGAUCUAAACGCCAAAGUCGGAAUAGACAACACCGGAUAUGAAGAUAUUAUGGGACGAUAUGGACUGGGUGAGAGAAACGAAAAUGGAGAAAGAUUUGCAAAUCUGUGUGCAUUCAACAAAUUGGUCAUAGGCAGCACAAUAUCCCCACACAAACGUAUACACAAAGCUACAUGGAUCUCACCGGACCACACUACAGAGAACCAGAUAGAUCAUAUUUGCAUCAAUAAAAAGUUCGGAAGGACAAUGGAAGAUAUGAGAACCAGGAGAAGAGAUGACAUAGCUUCAGAUCACCACCUAGUUUUGGCCAAUUUAAAACUGAAGCUAAAGAAACACUGGAAAUCUAAGGGAACAAUAUUACAUAUGUUCGAUAUAGCCUUCCUUCGAGAUACUGACACCCUCAAUGAAUUCAAGAUAGCUCUCAACAACAGGUUCCAAGCCUCACAGGAUCUACUGAAAGAAACUACUACGGGGAACAACUGGAAAGGCAUCAAUGAAGCACUAACUCCAACGUGUCAGGAGGUUCUGGGCCUCAAGAAGCAUCAUCAUAAAGAAUGUAUAUCUAUAGAAACACUGGACAGGAUCAAAGAAGGAAGAACAAGAAGAUAGCAAUCAACAACAGCUGAACACGAGCAGAGAAAUUCGAGGCACAAGCUGAAUACACAGAAGUAAAUAAGCAAGUAAAGAGGGGCAUAAGAACCGACAAGCAGAAAUACGUGAAUGAUCUAGCAGUGAUAGUGAAUAAAGCUGCAAGAGAAGGAAAUAUGAAAC